AUGAACAGUGAGUGGGAAGACGAAGAGGAAGACCCAACGUACAAAGAAAGCACAGUGUUCAGCAGGUUACACCCGGAACACGCGUCAUACAAGCCCGCAAAGCGCGUAGGGUACAACCCAAAGGCAGAGCAUGAUUAUACCUUAAGCUAUCGUCCAGACGACAUGGCUGAAGAUUCAAAAUUCAUCAGGGAGAUUGCCACAGCCGCUAUAGACAAAACCAAGCUGCCGCACAACGUUGGCAAAUACAAUGGCCUGACAGAUCGAGAUAAUCAUCUCCAGGUUUUCAAAGGCGCAGGAGCAACAGGAAGAGACGGAGGACCCAAAGAUUGGGAAACCUUCAUUGAGGCCGCCAAAACAAUAGCACAGACAGACAAACAGUUGACCAGUGACGACCACCGUCAACGCGCACAUAACUCUAAUGACCGACAUGGCAGAAAAGGCAGAGGCCAGUCAUGGAGAUCUUCCAGUCACAGAGAAAGAAGCCCACCAAGAGAAGAUGCGCGACACAUAAUCAAUCAGAUAGCCCACCGAAAAGAAGUAAAGCGGGAAAACAGAGAGAAGCAGUGGACGCCAUUAACAAAGACCCAUUCGGAGGUCUUGGCCACUGAAAAUCACCAAUUUAAACCACCCCUACAGAUGCGCAACAAAAGGGGUCAAGAUCCCAAUCUCUACUGUGAAUUCCAUAAGGACACAGGUCACCUAACCGAUGACUGUUUUAGCCUGAAGCAAGAAAAUGAAAAAGCCCUGAGAGAUGGAAAGCUCACUCACCUAGUCAAGGGCGGAAAGCGCGACUACCGCCAAAUCCUAAGAAGAGACGAAGGGCCAGAUAACAAAAAACUCAGAAAGUUGGAAACCCACAUGGUGCAGGGAGGUCCAGGAAGACCAAAGAAAAAUUACAACAAGCGCACGCAAGAUGAUUCAUGGCGCGAGAAGCAAGUCAUCUUCCCAGUUGUUAGAGGAGGCCCGAGGGAAAAACGACCAAUAGUUAUUCCAGGAGUGAUUGGUCAUUACCAGACAGACUACAUAUUCAUCGAUCCGGGGAGCACCGCGGAUAUCAUAUAUGAACAAUGCUUUUAUCAAUUUGACCAGGAGGACAAGGCGCGCUUGGAGCCAGUAGACUACCCAUUAACUGGUUUCUGCAACGAGGCCGUCUUUCCGCUGGGACAGAUAUCAUUCCCGGUGUUACUUUCGGACGGACGGAAUUCAAGAACAGAAGAAGUCACGUUCAUGGUGCUACCCGCACACUCAAGACAUGACAUCCUCCUAGGAAGAGAAUCCCAGGGAGACUUCAAUAUGAUUUGCUCUGCACCACAUUCGGCCGUGGGAUUCCCAACAGAAACAGGCAUCGCACUGAUAUACGUAAGCAAGGAAGUCUUAGCAACAGAUGAAAUGAGGCCUACAAAAGCAAGUAAACCAGCGCCACACGCAGAGGCAGAAAAAUGGGUAUUGAACAGCGCUCACCCAGAACAAACAGUUACCCUAGGACCAACGAUGUCCAUUUUAACACGCGCAACGCUCAAGAAGUUGUUACACGAGAACAUGGAUGUGUUCGCCUGGACACCAGCUGACAUGGUUGGUGUUCCACGGCACAUUGCAGAGCACCGUCUAAACGUCUCAGAGGACGCAAAGCCAGUAGUACACGCCAAGCGCCACCUGGGCGAUAUAAAGCACGAUGCCAUGAAAGAGCAAGUACUGGAAUUACUGAAUGCAGGCAUCAUCAGAGAAGUCAGAUAUCAAACAUGGGUAGCAAGCCCAGUGAUGGUAAAGAAACCAAACGGAAGCUGGAGAAUGUGGGUCGACUACAAAGAUCUAAACAAGGUAUGCCCACGCGACUGCUACGCCUUACCAGACAUAGACGAGAAAAUCGAUUCUCUAGCAACAUUCAGGUGGAAAUGCUUUCUUGAUUGCUACAAGGGGUAUCACCAGGUUCAAAUGGCUGUCCAAGAUGAAGAUAAGACCGCAUUCCGCACGCCGACAGGGCUGUACUGUUACAACAAGAUGCCUUUCGGUUUGAAGAAUACGGGCGCAACCUACCAAAGAUUGAUGAACGAAACGUUCAGCGAUGCCAUCGGCAAGUACAUAGAGGUGUAUAUGGACGAUCUGGUGAUUAUGAGCAAAGAAGAAGGCACGAUGCUGGCUAACAUCCAGAAGACUUUCAACACGCUACGCAGCGUAAGUAUCAAGCUGAACCCAGCAAAGUGCUCAUUCGGAAUGGAAGAAGGAAAAUUCUUAGGUUUCAUCGUCACAAAAGAUGGUUUCAAGGUGAAUCCAGAAAAAGUCCAAGCCAUAGAAAGGAUGCCUUCUCCGUCAAACAUCAAAGACAUGCAAAAAUUAGCUGGGCCACUAGCCGCGCUCAAUCGUUUCCUAGCUAAUCAUGCUGCAAAAUCCUUCCCGUUCAUCAAAACGUUGCGCAAUUGUAUGAAGAAAAGCCAGUUCCAGUGGACUCCGGAAGCAGAGAGCGCGUUCCGCGAGAUGAAAGAUUGUCUCAUCAAACUGCCAACAUUAACCACACCAAACAAAGGCGAACCUUUGGUACUCUACCUAUCAGCUUCCGAUAAGGCAGUCGGGGCAGUCUUACUCGUCGAUCGUCAAGGUACCCAGACACCAGUUUACUACGUGUCACGAACCUUAACCGACCCAGAAACUCGAUAUGCAAUUAUGGAAAAGUUAGUCCUUGCACUGAUUCAUGCUUCAAGGCGGCUGCACAGAUACUUUGCGAAUCACGUCAUCCACGUGCUAACAAACUACAACAUCGGCAACAUCCUUGCAAGGCCAGAAGUAUCAGGAAGGCUAGCCAAAUGGGCGAUAGAACUGGGAGGUCACAAUGUGGUUUUCAGACCACGACCAUCAAUCAAAGGCCAGGUCUUGGCAGAUUUUAUGACAGAAGUUCCAGAUGACAAAGAAAGAGAAUGUAAAGCAAUGGAAAAGGCUGAGAAAAAGCAAACAGAAGAGCCAUGGUUGUUAUACACCGACGGAGCGUCUAACGAAGACGGAGCAGGCGCAGGGCUAAGGCUGGUAAGCCCCGAUAAACAUGAAUUCACGUACGCUAUACGCCUGGAUUUUAAAAGCACAAACGACGAAGCAGAGUAUGAAGCUUUCCUGGCUGGCUUACGAUUGGCGAUCAAAAUGGGGGUCCGACACAUCGAAGCGCAUGUGGACUCCAUGCUGGUAGCGGGGCAAAUCAACGGCCAAUACGAAGCCAAAGGGGAUGUCAUGGCACUCUAUCUCAGCCAAGCAAAAACAUUGCUACAAACCUUCUACUCCUACAAGUCAGGGAUACUUCCCAAAAACAAAGCCGAGGCGCGAAAGAUCCAAUACAAAGCAGAACACUAUCAGAUGGCAGAUGGAAUACUGUACCGAAAGUCAUAUCUCGGCCCAUUGCUGCGAUGCGUUGACGUCGAAGAUGCAAACUACCUAAUCCGGGAAGUUCAUGAAGGAAUUUGUGGUAUUCAUGCCGGGCCUCGAAUGGUGGUGGCAAAAGUGAUGAAUGCCGGAUACUACUGGCCCGGGAUGCAUCUGGAUGCCGUGAAAGAGUUAAGGAAGUGUAGUGGCUGCCAGAGACAUGCGCCCAAGACCAUGCGUCCCAAAAAUGAACUAGUGUCAGUCACAACCGCAUGGCCUUUUCAACAAUGGGGCAUAGACAUGGUAGGUCCUUUCCCAGAAGCACCAGGGGCGGUCAAAUUCAUAAUAGUCGCAGUCGACUAUUUCACCAAAUGGAAUCAUCACCAAUAA